ACGGAGCGUGAUGUGACAGGCUGGUCGACAGACAAGCUGAAGGAGCUCCUGUUGGGGCUGUGCGUGGAGGGCCCUGAGGGGCGCUGCGAGGUCACCGACGUCCCGAAGCUGGACGGCGAGGCGUCCAUCAACAACCGCAAGGGGAAGCUCAUCUACUUCUAUGAGUGGAACGUCAAGGCGACGUGGACCGGUGAGUGCAGCAGACACACACACACCAUUCCGUAUGGAACUCAUGUUGAACAUAUAGUAAGGUGUUUUCUGCUGAAUGUAUCAUACAUUUUGAUUGAAACACAGAGGGUUUUGAGCCAAACUAAGAGCAGCGUAGCACUCGUUUCCAUGGUGAUGAGAUUGUAGCUAUAUUCUCCAGUAUACAAAGACCCUGUGGUUCAGUGAGAAGUGGGUGGGUUGUCAUAGUAUCUCUCUUCAAAGUAGGCUUCGUGACAUCACCUGCUCUUUCUAUCUCUCUCCCUCAGGAACAUCAAAAACCGGAAUCAAGUACAAAGGGAACAUUGAAGUUCCCAACCUCUCCGAUGAAAAUGACAUGGACGACCUAGAUGUAGGUUAUGACAGAAUGCCAUUCAGGAUCAUGUUCUUUCAGGCUAAUCGACAGCUGUUGGUUGUAAUGUUAUUUACUCUUAAAAAUAGUUACGUUUAUUUCUUUCCAACUUUAUUUAUAGAUUUUCAGAUAUGAGAAAAGAGAGACAUUGAAAACAGUACAACAUCCCUAGUCCCUUAUCCCAUCCAUCCAUCCAUCCAUCCCUCCCACCCACCCCACCAAGGCUUCAUACAAGGACAUCACAAAGAAGUAAAUAAAAUUAAAAUAGACAAUAAAAAUAAACAAUGAUGGAAACAAAAACUAAACAUACAAGAAAUUGUAAUGACAGUAAUUGGCAAUGGCAACAUCACUGCUGACACUAAGAAUGCUGGGUGUAAUGCGGGCUUCCAACUGUAGCACCAACAACACCAUUCUCCAAAAGUAGCACCAACAACAUCUAGUCUAUAUCAGUGCCCCCUGACCCUGGUCCCGGGGGCCCAAAGGGAGUUAAGUUAAUUUAUUUGCAUUACUUUUAUAUGGGUAGAACAACUAACAACAAUCUGUAUAAUCUUUGCUCUCUUUUUUUUCUGGGCACAGAUCAGUGUGUCUCUUUGCAAGGAUGAACCCAAUACACCUCUCACCGAACUCAUGAGGAAGGAGGGAGCGAAGAAAGUGCGAGCUGCCCUGGGGAGCUACGUUGGCCACCUGAAAUCAGGUGAGGCCUUUAUUCAAAUCUAUUUAACCCUAUUGCCUGUUCAUAGCGAUAUUUCUAUAGGCGCUAGUUCAGCUUGAUACUGAUUUGAAAUUGAACUUUUACGAUGAUUGCAGAGUUCACUCAGGGCAUGAUCCUGCCCACGGUGAAUGGGGCGGCGAGCAAGCCACAGCCAUCGCAGACACAGACAAAGGUCAAAGUUGACAAAACCCAGGUGGGUGGUAGUUGCCUUCUUACCUUAUGCCCUGAUUCUCUACCUUUUCUCUUCCGUCAUGGAUUUAACAAUGGUGGGAACUUCCAGCUAAUGUUUACGUCAAUCCAAUACAAACAAAUGAAGAAUUGGGACGCAACCAAAGAACCAAUGUAUCAAGGGGGUAAUGGUUAAAACCUUACUAGCAAUAACAGUGUAAGGAAUGAUCCAUACAUGUUGUGUUCAAAAAUAGUCCAAUUAGCAAAACAAAUUAAGAAAUUAGAGAAUACUUUUUUUUAUCUGCAGAAAUAACUGUGAAGUUUAAGUUCAUGGAGCAUCCCCACCCGCCCUUCAUACAAUGUAAAGCACCACAUGAAUCCAUUCCAUAAUUAAUUUACUUAACUUCCAAGUUUUGGAUAUCAAGUAUUCAAGCUUAUCGAGCAUUACUUGAGCUUCACCUAAGUUACAAAUACUGGGACUUAAUGAUCAUGGUUGUCUGUUGUAUGUCCCCAGAUUGGUCCCUCUGCUUCCGCUCCACCAUCCAGCACAGGGGUCAAGAUUUCAACCUGCAAGUUUAGUCUCAAGGAGACCUUCCUCACCUCACCUAACGAGCUGUACAGAACUUUCAUCAACCAGAACGUGAGUGGUCAAGUAGUCCUUUCCUUGUGUCCUUUCCUCGAACAUCACUGAUCGGGUCAGACAUGACAGUUGGAAGUAAUACACUACAUGACCAAAAUAUACUCCAGGCGUAUAUUCAUUACGUUGAUUCUAUUUUGCAAAAUGUUUUGCAACAGAAACCGUUUACUCCAAACAAAAACAUUUGUAACGAAAACGAGAGUUUCUCCGUUUCGUUCCAUUUGCUCUGUUUGCUUCAGUUUUGGUUCUUAAACGGUUUCCCUUGCCAGACGUAAUGAAUACACCCCAGUUCUUUCCCCAGUCACUGAGGAAGUAGGAAAGGAUGCCAUUUUAGAGUAUUGAAACAACCAUAGUUUGGCAAUGGGGAGAUGCAGAGAUGCUUUACUGCAGUGUUUCCCAAACUUGGUCCUUGGGACCCCAAGGGGUGCAUGUUUUGGUUUUUGCCCUAACACUUCACAGCUGAUUCAAAUGAUCAAAGCUUGAUGAUUAGUUGAUUAUUUGAAUCAGCUGUGUAGUGCUAGGGCAAAAACCAAAACGUGCACCAAGUUUGGGAAACCCUCCUUACUGCUUCACCCAUGUCAUUAACAUGCCCAGUUGCCCUAAUAGUGUAGUUAGAGAGAGUAAGAAUAUAAUUGAGUGCAUGUGCUAGUUUGCCUUCAAAAUAAAGCGUUUUACCAAGGUUUUGAGAUCAUUUUCACCAGUGCAAAUGUUUUUGAUUCACUCUUAUAUCCCAUGUUGGAUUUUACUGUUGCUUUCAAUAGGGAACGAGGAGCAACCUCAAUGAACUAGACUAGACAUUAACUCUGUGUAGAUUACUUCCGGUUCAGAAAUGUUGCCUAUUAUAAGAUAAUGUCCACCUACUUUUCAAUUGGUGGCCCAUAACGCUUUUUGAAUCAUGACUACAAUUGGCUGAGGGCUUGUAGGAAUCAUUGCUGAUUUGACUCUACUCUGGUCUCCUCUCUGGUAAUGCAGAUGGUCCAGGCGUUCACCCAUGCUGCAGCUGUGGUUGACGGAGAAAAAGGAGGGAAGUUUCAGCUGCUAGAGGGAAGUGUCAACGGAGAGUUUACAGAGCUGGUGAGGACACGUGUCUGCUUGAGAUCAUACUUGUUAUCUGUCAAUCAUAACCCAUUGUGGAAGAAUGUCCAAAACUAACUGUAGUCUUUGUUUAUACUUCUUAGGUCCCAGAUGAGAAGAUUGUUAUGAAGUGGAGGUUCAAGACAUGGCCAUGUGGUAGGUUUCCCCACCUUGCCCAGUGGUGCUCUAUUGAUUUGCGUGUUCUGCUUUUAACCUCAGCAACUUUCAAUGACCAUUUCAUUUCAGCAUGUCUAUACAGGUCAUCUCUACAACACUAACUGCUUUCUCAACUAGCUCCUGGGGAUAGACAGAGUAUGCAGGCUUUUGUUUCAUCCUAGAACUAUACGUGACAUUGAGCAAACUGGAAACCGCAUUUCCUGAGGCCGCAUUUGUUGUAGUUGAGGACUUUAUCAAAGGAAAUCUGAGGAGAAUUCUCCCGAAAUUCCACCAACACAUCUCCUGUGUUACAUGUGGAGAGAGGACGCUUGAUUGUUGUUGUUCUCCCUUCCGAGACGGCUCUGAAUCUCUGGAUUAACUAUCUGUUAGCUACAUUUGGUAAUAAAUAAAUUUGCUAAAUGUCUUUAAAUUGACAAGUCUGUGAACUGUCUUGUGCAAGUUUUAAAUUGACACAAUACCUAUUAGCAAAGAUGCCAGCUUGAGAUGAUGUGCAGGAUCUUGCAGGGAUUUGUAGUCUUGUGUGAUGUCUACUUUGAUGCUAAUUAGCAUUUUCGAAUCUAAGAGUAAAUAGAGCCGAAAAUACUCUGCCUAGGUCAGCAUCCCGGAGUCGCCUCUUCAUUGUUGACGUUGAGACUGGUGUUUUGCGGGUACUAUUUAAUGAAGCUGCCAGUUGAGGACCUGUGAGGCGCAUGUUUCUCAAACUAGACACUAAUGUAUUUGUCCUCUUGCUCAGUUGUGCACCGGGGCCUCCCACUCCUCUUUCUAUUCUGGUUAGAGCCAGUUUGCGCUGUUCUGUGACGGGAGUAGUACACAGCGUUGUACGAGAUCUUCAGUUUCUUGGCAAUUUCUCGCAUGGAAUAGCCUUCAUUUCUCAGAACAAGAAUAGACUGAGUUUCAGAAGAAAGUUAUUUGUUUCUGGCCAUUUUGAUUCCGUAAUCGAACCCACAAUUGCUGAUGCUCCAGAUACUCAACUAGUCUCAAGAAGGCCAGUUUUUUUGCUUCUUUAAUCAGCACAACAGUUUUCAGCUGUGCUAACAUAAUUGCAGAAGGGUUUCCUAAUGAUCAAUUAGCCUUUUUAAAAUUAUAAACUUGGAUUAGCAAACACAACGUGCCAUUGGAACACAGGACUGAUGGUUGCUGAUAAUGAGCCUCUGUACGCCUAUGUAGAUAUUCCAUUACAAAUCUGCAGUUUCCAGCUACAAUAGCCAUUUACAACAUUAACAAUGUCUACACUGUAUUUCUGAUCAAUUUGAUGUCAUUUUAAUGGACAAAAAAAAUAUUUUCUUUAAAAAACAAGGACAUUUCUAAGUGACCCCAAACUUUCGAACGGUAGUGUAUAUUUUUAAGUUUAGUCACAUUUCUCAAUUUACACUAUGUCAGCUGAGCAGCCUGACUUGUUAUCCACCGUUUUCCCCCACAAUUUCUUUGAACCAUACCAUUUUUAAAUUCAUCAUCAAUCCAGGGUGCUCUAAAACUUCUCACAGUUUCUUAACAGGUAUAUGCUUGUCAACAAUUGGGAAGAAUAAUUUUACAAAUAUUCCAAAUUCUGCAUCUUGUUUCUCCUCCUUAUACACAUCAGACCAACAUUUAUUUUUACACUGAACUAAGAUAUAAACGCAACAUGCAACAAUUUCAAAGAUUUUACUGAGUUAAAGUUCACAGAAGGAAUUCAGUCAAUUUAAAUAAAUUAAUGAGGCCUUAAUCUAUGGAUUUCACAUGACUGGGAAUACAGAUAUGCAUCUGUUGGUCAAAGAUCACUUAAAAAAGAAUCCUGUACAGAAUAAAACAUUUUGCAAUAAGGCACACAUAAGGUAAUUAACUUUAUGUCCUGAAUACAAAGUGUUAUGUUUGGGGCAAAUCCAACAUAUCACAUCACUGAGUACCACUUUGUAUUUUCAAGCAUGGUGGUGGCUCCAUCAUGUUAUGGGUAUGCUUGUCAUCAGCAAAUACUUUUUUUGGGGGGGGGGGAUAAAAAGAAACGGAAUAAAGCUAAGCACCGCCGAAAACCUGGUUCAGUCUGCUUUCCAACAGACUGGGACCCAAAUUCACCUUUCAGCAGGACAAUAACCUAAAACACAAGGCCAAAUAUACACUUGAGUUGCUUACCAAGAUGACGUGAUAUAUCUACUUUGGAUUGUAAAUUGGACUCGUUCUGACUGCUUGAUUUCUUGUUUAGAUUUUUAGAUUAUUUGUUUUGUAUUUGCUAGACAUUCUACCACAGAACACUGAGAUAUUUCACUGGAUGUAUAAAUGUGAAGCAUUCGGUUGGCAUUUCCACUCACUACCAAAUAUGGUAGUGCGAGGAAGCCCACCUUGAGGCAGUGGGAAAAGAUGGAACGAGAUGGAUUUUGGCCACAUUCUGCAAAUAUUCUCAUCAAUUAAACAUUUGAUCUCAGUACAGUUUUCUGUUCCCAAAACUAGAAUCUGUUAUGAACAGAGUGGACUACGUUUUGUAGACUUUACCCUUUGCAAACAAAUAAAAAAUAUUGAGCUGUUUAGAAGGGGUAGAAAGACAAAUUGAGUUAUUGCACACGUGCACUUCAGAAUAGGCAUUCCCUAACAGAAAUAUGCAGAUGUGUACUAGAACUCGCCAAUAGAAUAUCGCUAGCGCUUGCUUGGCUCUGCCCACCUCUUUGCUUGUUCUGCCCACUGACUAAUUUCUUCCAAUUGGAAACGACAAGCUGUGGUGUGUCUUGGUUUAGUUAUAAACAUAUUUGAUUCUACUGCACUGUUUGAGCUAGUAACAUAACCAGUUCGUUGCAUCUGCUAUAGCACCUGCAAAUCUGUGUACACAACCAAUAAACUUUGAUUUGAACAUACCUGAUUAAACUAAUCACGGGCGUGAUGAUUAGUUGGAUCCUGUGUGUUGAAACUGGGCAGGAACAAAAGCUUGCAUACCCUGUUGGGACCCCAUGACUGGACUUGAGAAACCCUGGAUAGUAACAUAAAGUAUUGGAUAUAAUAUUGUUUUCGCAACAAAUUAUGCUAAAACGUUCCCCUUUUCCCUCUUCCAGAGCACUAUGCGACUAUCACUCUAAACAUGAAGGAUCGGGGCAAUGAGACGGAGCUGAAGCUGGAAUGUAAAGAUGUCCCGACAGGAGAGGAGGAUAGGACGAAGGAGGGUUGGAAGAGAUACUACUUUGAAGCCAUCAAACAGACUUUUGGAUUCGGGGCCCGACUCUAC